AUGGCCGCAGCUGAGGGCGGGGGGAGCUGGCUGGACUGGAGGUAUUUCGUCGGUGUGGCCUACGAAGAGGAGCCGCAAGACAGCUCCCGAGGCGUGACGAAGGAAGAGAAUCUGAGGAAUGGGGACAGCAUUGGCAGCCGGAGGUCGAAAGACGACGGCGGCACCAACCAUCCCUUGCGGCGGCAUCGUAGCGAACCUGCUCGCCCCACCAGAGAUGGCUGGCUGGGCUACAUCUUCGGUAGCACCGACAGCGAUUCCGAGGAUGGCUCCAGUAGCAGCUCGGACACUAGUGAAUCUGGUGACAUCCAGCAUCUGCAGCAUCUGCAGCGGCAUCUUAGUGCCCCUGCUCGCACACAGACCUGGGACGAUUUUGAGGUUGGCUCUCUGAAACACCCGGCGGAUGUGAAGAGGCGUUGCACGGAUGUCUCCUGGCUAGUUGCCUUUGCCAUUCUUUUGCUGGCGCUGUUGGCAGUUGGCUUCUCGAAGCCAAGCUAUUCGGCUCUGCUAAAGCUUGCGGACUACGACGGCCAGGUCUGCGGAACUGUCGGUAGCGAUGCGCCUUUUGCGUACGUCUGCGCCGUCGACGUCGGCGAGAACAAGACAGCCUUUACCGUGUGCAGGGAAUCCUGCCCCUCAACCGACCACUCAAAGCUCCGAUGCAUCAACCACGAGAUGGGUGUGGAUGUGGAGGCACAGGACUAUCCCACGCAAAAAAGCCUCUUGUACCUCAGCAACCUUUGCGUGCCUCAGUCUGUCGAGUUGGCGAACCAUCUCUUCGUCCACCACGCCCGGGCUGCAGGGGAGGCCCGUCUCGCUGUGGCUGUGAAGAGUUUGUGGGUGCCUCUUCUGAUUGCCGCACUGGUGAGUCUGGGCAUCUCCUUUCGAAUCUUGUUCCUCCUCAAGGACCACACCGAGGUGCUCUUGAUGGCGGGCGUGGUGUUCGUGGUUCUGGUCCCGUGGGUUUGGGCUGUGAUCCUCUACGUCACAAAUGGCAAGGAUGCGGGCACCUUCUGCUUGGUGCUGGUGUUGGUGGGCGUCGUCCUCGGCUGCCUCGCCAGCGCGCAUGUGACGACGUUGAAGUUGGCAGCUGUUUGCAUCGAGCGAUCCUGCGAGUGUGUGCUGGAGACGCCUCUUCUUCAGCUGGGGCCACUGGUGGUGCUUACGACAAGAGCGUGCGCAAUAGGCUUCAUGGUUUUCUGCCUCCUGGUCUCUCCAGCGCGCAUAUUCUACAACCACCGAGAGGGCAAGGUAAGCUUCGACUGUGGUGAGGAGAACUGCCCCUACAGCCUCUUAUUCUUCCUCUGCUGGACCUUUAUGCUCGUGUGGGUGGAAGCCACGAUUACGUCAUCCUGGGAGUUUGCCGUCUCCUAUCUCACCUGCACCUGGUACUUCGAUGACAAGGAGCGGGUGGCUGCCAGAACCUACACGACGACACUGCGGCAUCUCCUCAAGGCACUGCUGUGCUAUCACCUGGGCAGCAUGAUCAAGGCGGCCAUCGUAAUCGGAUUCCUUCGCCCUUUCCGAUUCCUGCUCGGAACGAUCACCGCAGCUGCGCGGAUUGGCAAUAAUCCGGUCGGGGCGUUCAUGAAGCUGUUCUGCAGCUGCUUCGUACACCUCUACGAGCACCACUUUCACAUGUUCUCGGCAGACGCCUACAUAGAGGUGGGGCCUGACCAGGAGUUUUUUGGUGUUAGCUGGGGCAUGACCAGGAGUUUUGGGGUUAGGGUCUAG